GCUGGCUGCUCUCAUUCCAGAGCUCGUGGGAUAAGGAAACCAAACAUGGCAUCUUCUAUGAGGAGCUUGCUCUCAGACCACAGCCGAUAUGUCGAAGCUUUUCGUCUGUUCCUUGAGAAUUCGACAGAGCACCAAUGCAUGCUGGAAUUCGUUGAGAAGAAGCUGCCGGGCAUAAUAUCGAGCAUUGGAAGUGGAAAGUCUGCCAUCAAUAUUCUAAGUGUAGGUGGUGGUUCAGGUGAAAUUGACCUUCAGAUUCUCUCAAAAGUACAGGCUAAAUAUCCAGGAGUUACCAUUAACAAUGAGGUGAUAGAGCCAAGCGGUGAACAAAUCCUCAGCUACAAAGAACGUGUAGCUAAGACACCGAACCUUGAGAGCAUAAAGUUUACCUGGCAUAAGGAGACGUCGUCUGAAUACAAAAGUCGAAUGAAUGAGAAAAAAGUGUUUAAGAAAUGGGACUUUAUUCACAUGAUUCAGAUGCUCUACUAUGUAAAAGAUAUCCCUGCUACUAUUAAAUACUUUCACAGUCUGCUGGAAGCUAAGGCUAAGCUCCUUAUUAUUCUCGUAUCAGGAACCAGUGGCUGGGCCUGGCUGUGGAAGAAAUAUGGAUCUCGCUUACCUCUGAACGAUCUUUGCUUAUAUGUUUCAUCUGCUGACAUCAAAGAGCAACUCAAUACAAUAGGGCUGAAGUAUCAGGUCUAUGAGCUUCCAUCCACUAUGGACAUAACUAAUUGUUUUAUCAAAGGGAACAAAGAGGGGGAGCUGCUGAUGGAUUUUUUGACAGAAACCUGCUAUUUUAGUAAAACCUCUAGUCUAGACCUAAAAAAUGAAAUAAUGGAAGAACUUAAAAAGCCUGAAUGCAGUGAAGAGAAAGAUGGAAAGGUUUUUUUUAACAACAACUUGAGUGCAAUAGUGAUUGAGCCAUGA